CCGAAAUUGGCAGAAAUACUUCAGUUUAUACGCAAUUCUAAAGGAUUUUCCAAUUUAACCGGCCUAAGACAAGGAACGGUGUUCUGGCACAGUGGAAAAGAUAACUGAUAAGCCCCGAUCGACCAGGUCGCGGAGGAUUUAACCAAGGGACUUUGUGGGAAAAUGCUGUCCAUUUGCGUUGCGAAAUUCUGCGACAAAAACAACAAAGAAGCGACGCCUCAAUCAGGAGCCACUUGAAACCAGAAAUAAUCAAUUAAAAUCGAAGCGGAGGCAAGUGUUUCCUGCGGAGGAUUGCAAAAGUUGGGGAGUUCAGCAGGAUUUGGAUUAGCACAAAGGACGAAACCAAAAGUCGCGUGAACAGCUGCAGCAGCUGCGUGGGCAGCGACGCGGGCAGAGACGCCGGCAGUGGCUGCGCAGCAGCAGCAACAACAACAAGCUUUUCGGCCUUUUUUUUUUGGCUCAACAAUGGAAAUGCGAGAGGUCUUGAGUCGCGAGGGCAGAGAGGCGAAGAAUCUGCUAGUCUACCAGUUCUGCGAUGAGACAACUUCGAGUGGUGCCAGUGGCUCCGUGGGCGGAGGAGUUGGAGGAGGAGCAGGUGGCGACGGAGGAGCAGCUGUUGGAAGCGGAGGCGUUCUCUUGAACGGCGACUGCUUUCGUAAGCCGCCCAUGGUGCCGCCAAAGUCACCCAACGGUACGCCAAAAAAUUGCCAAUCGCCCACUUCACCACGACUGAAAUCCUCUGGUAGCGUGGGAGGAGGCGUAGGUGGGAGCAGUGGUCCACGCGUGCGCAGCGCCUCCACAGGAAGGGAUAAAAAAUCGGAACUUCAAGCCAGGUACUGGGCACUACUUUUCGGAAAUCUACAGAGAGCUGUCAACGAGAUUUAUCAAACAGUGGAGUGCUAUGAAAACAUAUCCAGCUGCCAGGAGGCUAUACUGGUGCUAGAGAACUAUGUGCGGGACUUUAAAGCCUUGAGCGAGUGGUUCAAAGUUUCCUGGGACUAUGAAUCUCGACCACUGCAGCAGCGACCUCAAAGCCUGGCCUGGGAAGUACGCAAGAGCAAUCCCACUCCCAGAGUUAGAACUAAAAGUCUCUGCAGUCCCAACAACUCGGGAAAAUCGAGUCCAGCCUUGUUUCCAGGUUCUCAGUCCGGAAAAACAUCACCGUGCUGUGAGCAUGGACAGAUUUCGCCCAAGAAACUCUUGCGUGCCUACGACCAAGUGCCAAAGGGAGCAAUGCGUCUGAAUGUCAGAGAACUUUUUGCAGCCAGCAAGCGAGCUACCCAAGGAUCAGCACAAUCGGAUAACAUGGAAGGUCCUUUGGAUUUAAGUGGCGACAAAUCAAACUAUGUGCAGCUCAACACCCAGUAUUCCCAAACAGAUCUGGAGGAUCCACACUUAACCCUAGCGGAUGUUAGGGAGAAAAUGCGCAGGGAGGCAGAGGCACGAGAAGCUCAGGAGAAGAUUAAGAAGGCGGCGUUAGAAGAAUUAACCAUUCCAGUAGCUAAUGAAUACACAGAGGAAAUCUCAAACAAACUUAAUGCCCCUUCAGUGGAACAACCGAUCAUAAAUGAAUUGGAGCUAGGCAAUGAAAAUGUUUUAAUGGAAACAGCUCCUGAACCCACAGCACUAGAGAUGACUGUAGCAUCUUUGGAGUCCAUGGAGAAUGCUUUACUUAAUCAGCAGGCCAAUAAAGAGCCCACGCCACCUAGCACUGUCGUAAAACCCGUCGUGGAGCUGUUCAAAAAGUCACAACCAUUGAAUUCCGUAUCAGGAAAUAUUGUCCAAAACAGUCCCCUUAAGUAUUCCAGUGUGCUAAAUCGACCAGCCAAGAAGGUAGUUCCACCGCCUGGUGGAGUAGCAGGUCAUAAGACAAUACCAACCAAGCCGAUGAAGACAAAUUCCGCCCAACCAGUCAAUGGUUUACGUCGCACCAAGACAGCUCCGGCUCCUACCAAGACGACUGGUAGAAGCGGAUUGCAGCCACCUCCUAGACCCUUGAGUAAAACAGAGUGCUAUGGUCCACCCAAUAAUGUGGCCUCCAGAUUGUCGGCACGCUCCCGAACAAUGCUGGAAAUGAACGGAAACACCAGAAACACAAAUCCUUCUGCCAGUGUCAGAGCUCUGCCGAAGAAAACUCCAAGUUCCAUUCUAAGCACUGCCAGAAGAACUACCAUGAGUUCUAGACUCAGUUCCAGGGAGGAUAUAGCCAGUUCCACAUCCACUCUGAAAGCUAGCAAUGAACAGCUCUCAAAUUCAAGAAGCACUUUAAAGGCAGAGGAGCGACAUUCCCAACCAAAACAGAUCCAACUUCCGACAGAUGCUAACGAUGGUUGGUUGACUGUGAAAAAUCGAAGAAGGAGCAGCAUGCACUGGGCGAAUAGGUUUAAUCAGCCCACAGGCUAUGCCAGUUUACCAACGUUGGCGUUGCUAAAUGAACAGCAAAAAGAGCAGGAAAACAAGGAGAAGCAGAAAGGAGCGGGUGACGGUAAAGCCAUCGGAAAAACUAUUUCAGCUAAAGCUGGGGCUUCUACAGGAGAGGCUAAGGUUAAAGCUAAGACAACAUCAACAGUCCCAAGACCCGAAAUUAAGAAUGCCAAGGCCAAAGUAAAUUCUUUCCCAGUGCAGAGAACUAACACCAACCAAGUAAAGAAAGUCGAGAAGAUCGAAAAUUCAGAGAACACAGAAAACUCCGAGAAGAAAGUUACUCCCUCACCAUCAACUUCUUCAAGUGGUACUCGUAGUAGCAGCAACAAUAGUUCCAUUGGACGCACUUCUAUUAUCAAGAGACAGAAAUCGGAUCUUACUGGGCUGAAAAUGACAUCCUUGCACAAGGAGUACAUGAGGAGUGAGAAGUAUGCACUGAGAAAGCUGCAGCAGAAGGAGCUGGGCAUUAAUCAGACUAACAGCAGCUCCUCGUCCGCAGAAACCGUUGUAGAGUCAACCAACGAUGACCACAACAAGAUCGAUAUCAAGAUCCAGACCAACUGCGAGUUUUCCAAGACCAUUGGUGAACUCUACGAGAGCAUUGCUCACCGUAAACUUCCAAAUGGAAGCCUUAAACCCAAUGCUUGCAUCCUGAGUGCCUGUGAUGAGAACGAGGAACAAAACACGGAUGACAACGAGGAAGAGCGCAACGAAAGGAUCUUGGUAGAGGUACAGGAAUCUCUGGAGCGACAGAUCAGGGAGCUGGAGCAAACGGAGAUCGAUGUGGAUACGGAAACGGAUGAAACCGACUGUGAAGUUCAGCUGGAGGAGCAAGACGAUGGAGUGGAAUUGGGUAGCGGCGAUGACUCCGCUGUUUUUGUGACCAUGAGUGAUGAUGAGAACGCCAGCUUGGAGUUAAGGUAUCAGGCGCUGCUAUCUGAUAUGUCCUGGAACGAAAGAGCAGAGGCUUUGGCAACUUUGCAGGCUUAUGUGGCCAGACAUCCUGGGAGAGCGCAGGAACUGCACCAGAAGUUAUCCUCGCCCUCCAGGCGUCGUUCUCUUCAGGAAACUUUAAAGAAAUAUCAAGCAAAACAGGCGAAAGCUCAACUGAAACGGAAUUUGCUCCAACAGGAAAAGGCGGCUAAGCUACAGCAACUAUUUUCCAGAGUUGAGGAUGUCAAGGCAGCUAAGAAUCAAAUUAUUGAAGACAAACGGCAGAAAAUGCAAGGAAGACUACAAAGGGCGGCUGAGAAUCGAGAACAAUAUCUCAAGCAAAUCAUUGAGAAGGCCCACGAUGAAGAGAAAAAACUUAAAGAAAUUAAUUUUAUUAAAAACAUAGAAGCUCAAAACAAGCGAUUGGAUCUGCUGGAAUCCUCCAAGGAAACAGAGGGAAGACUGCAAGACUUAGAGCAGGAAAGACAGAAGAGGGUAGAGGAAAAGCUGGCCAAAGAAGCUGCUGUGGAAAGACGUCGCCAAGCUUUGGAAAAAGAACGCUUGCUGAAGCUUGAGAAGAUGAAUGAGACACGACUGGAAAAGGAGCAAAGGAUUGGCAAAAUGCAGGAACAGAAGGAGAAACAGCGACAGGCUCUGGCUAGGGAAAAGGCCAGGGAUCGUGAGGAGAGACUUUUAGCCUUACAAGUUCAACAGCAACAAACAACGGAGGAACUUCAGCGAAAGAUCCUCCAAAAACAGAUGGAAUCUGCUCGCCGCCAUGAGGAGAAUAUCGAACACAUCCGGCAAAGGGCUCUGGAGCUGACCAUGCCCACAAGGCAGGCGGACGAGGGUCGUGGCGAUCAGGAUGAGUCCGAGGAUGUGUUAAAUGGAAAUGGCACUAGCACCGCCAACGAGGAUGGCGAUUUGUCUUCAACUCUUUCCGAGGUCGGUGGAACGUCUGGUCAUUCGAGGAGCUACAAAAAGAGGAUGAAAAAGCUGAAGCAGAGAAUGAGUCAGUGUGCUGCCGAAUACUUGGAGAGUUUGGAACCAUUGCCCGCCUAUGUUAAGAGGGAUAGUGCAGUGCCAAAGCUGUUAAAUCUGGUGGUCAAGGGUGGAGGGGCCCAAGGAUUGGAUAGGAACCUAGGAAACCUAAUGCGUGUCAUACCCAAGGGUCAGACCUUUGAUUUCCAGGCCUUUCUCUGUAUGGAUGGUCUGGGCAUAUUGGCCAACCAUGUGAUCGCCAAGGGCCUGUAUGAAAACUCCGAGAUCUCAAGGAAGUCCGUUCAAUUGGCCGUGCAGUUGUAUAGGAAUGCCUGCUCGGUGUGCCCCCAGAUUGCUCGUCACGCUCUUCUGGGCAAUUCCAUAACCGUUCUGUUCGAUGCCAUCAGCAAGAGUUUCCAGUUACCCGAAGAAAAAUCACCACAACAUCCGGUCGAGUUGUCCACGGAGCUAAUGCUGGCCUGCACGGAGGCUCUGUCCUCGAGUUACGUGAAGAAGAACACCCACCCAAAAGUUCCGGAACGCCUGCCGGACAUGAUAAACUUGGCUGUGAUUACGGGCCUGGUCGAGAUCCUUUCGCGACGCAUUCAGAAGGUGCGGGAGUCCGUCGAAGGCAACCAGAGUGUAAUGCUGGGUCUGCUGACCACCUUGGGCUUCCUGUCCCGUUUCAUUGAUGUUUGCCAGCCAGGUCCUGCCGAUCCGACACGUUUGCUGGGCGCUGCCAAGUCCACAGAGCUCUUUGGAACCGUAUCGAUGCUCUACGGCAGCGUUAUGCCAAUGGGUGAAUGCAUUCCACCGCGCACGACUGCCUUGGCGGCAUCGACUUUUCAUCUUUACGUGUCCCUGGGCUCGCUGGAUGUGAACACUUUCCAGGAGACCCUGACUGUGGAGGGUCCUUUGUCGUUGAAGCUGUUGGAUGUGAUGAGGCUCAUCCUGAACCUUAGUGUGACAAAUACCCAGUGGGUGAAGAACAGCGAGAGCACCCCCAUGCUGAUUGACCUUAUCGCCUCGCUGGCCUUUUUCUGUGUCAACAAUCGGAGGCAUCAGGACCUGCUGAUAUCGGAACAGUUUGCCGUGAUCUUUAAGAACCUGGCCAAGCUGCCGACCCAGUUUAAUCCUGUGAUUUAUCCCUUCCUGGUCACGGUUUCCUUUGGCAAUGCUCCUGCUAGGGAGCUUCUUUGCAAGGACUUCGAUUUGGCGUUUAUAGAUGAGUACAGCAAAUCGGAGGUGGCCCAAAGAAACAGCAUCAUUAAACUGAUACAUAGUCGCACCAAAGACAAAAUCAGCCCCGGUAGUAGCAGUAAUCCACAGAACAAAACUCUGUCUUAAGGCUGUAGCUAUAAAUAUAAAUAUAUAUCCUAUAGAUGGAUACUUCAGCUUGAAGUCUCAACUCUCAAAGUGAUAUUAUUUUCAAAGAAAAUUAAAAAAAAAACUGAAGCAAAGAGCAAAAAUACACAACUCGAAACAUUCGCAAUGAGAUGAACAACAGGAUAAAUGGAAAUCGACAGCAGAAUUUACACACAAAAUAUUUUUAAUAUAAUUUAUAUAUUCUUAAACGUUAACUUAAACUAGUUUACUAAACACUCACGUCAUCUCACUCACUAUCACACAUUCGCUAAAACACAUUCACAACAAGUCGAACUCGCAUAGAUUCUAUAUCUUUAUACAUAAUAUCUAUAUUCAUUGUAGUUUAUGUUUAAUGCAAAGUAUUAACUUUAAUUUAACGCUUGAAUCAAACUCACCCAUAAAACACUGCAAAUUCUCAGUUAUCGAAUCAAAUAAUGCUUAUUGAGCAGAUGAAAAUACAUAUUAACAACCAUCACACUCACACACAAAAAUGGGAAGAAAAGCAAAAAUAUAAUAAUAUUACUACCUAGUGUAUUUUUUAUAGACAUGAACGUUUUGUGCAGAAACAUUAUAAUUACAUUAAAGCAAAUAAAAUAAAGAAUUGAACCAUUAA